UGGACUUGGCCCCUACGGCCGCUUUCCUAUUCGCCUGUGUGGGACUCCAUCCUUGUGCUCCGUUGAAGCUCUAUUAAGCUCCCGCCAUCUUCCCACACCCGCCCCAUGGCCCAAGGAGAGGCCAUUCCAGGUAUGUCUCCUGAUCGACGCGUCAAUGCCCAGCAAUUGUUGCUCAGCCCCACAUGCGGACGCUACUGACGUAGCUGACCGUCCAGAUGUCGCGUGGAGCCAGAUUCCCUCAGACCUGCUCUACGAUGAGCUUCGCAGAAGGCUUCAGGCCGGGGAGGAUGCGAAGCCACCAUGCGGAGGGACCAAGGCCAGCGCCGGCUAUUACAACACGGAGAUGCAUGUCUUUGCCCUAUUCCUCAUUCUUGCAGUGAGCUUCGCUGCAUGCGCUUUCCCUGUCAUCGUAAACCGCAUCCCCAAACUCCCCGUGCCGCAUAGAUUCCUAUUUUUCUCCCGUCAUUUCGGAACCGGCGUGCUCAUAGCCACGGCCUUUAUACACUUGCUCCCGACCGCCUUCCAGUCGCUGACGGACCCAUGCCUGCCCUCUUUUUGGACGACUAGCUACCCGGCCAUGCCGGGCUUGAUCGCCAUGACAUCAGUUUUUGUGGUAGUAGGGAUCGAGAUGUACUUCGCAUCGAAGGGCGCAGGACAUGUUCAUACUGCCGAUUUUGAGAUGGAUGAGGUUUCCAGGAGCAUACACAGUGGACAUAGGAGCAGCCGUAGCUUCUCGCUGUACAAGGCCAGUACAAUGAGCGGCGAUGCUGAAACAUUGGUCCCAGAUUAUACGACGGAGGUAGACGGCAAUCUGGUGGCCGGUCCCUCAUUUUCGGAUCCCGCCGCCUCAGAUGCAGACGCUGCCCCUCUGCAGCCCAGGAUGUCACAAGAUGGCAAUGAUUCAGAUCCGGAUCGGCAUUCUGACGAGGUACAGCUCCUUUCAAGGCCAAUCUCACCUAGAGCUGGUGGACAUAGGGGCAGUAACCCCAGCGGACGCAAUCAUAGUCGAUCACCCAGCAGAUAUGGUCGACGAUCCGAUAUCCAAUGGAACGACGAGAAGCACGAUGCGGCCGAAGAGGAAAGACGAAAAAGACAGUUACUCCAGUGCCUUCUCCUCGAAGCAGGCAUUCUCUUCCACAGCGUCUUCAUCGGCAUGGCGGUUUCGGUAGCCACAGGCGCCUCGUUCGUCGUCUUGCUCGUUGCGAUUUCCUUCCAUCAAACAUUUGAAGGCUUUGCGCUUGGGGCCCGCAUCAGUGCCAUCAAAUUCCCUCCUCGCUCGCCGCAGCCCUGGCUGAUGUGUCUUGCCUACGGGACGACCACGCCCAUCGGACAAGCCAUUGGCUUGGCCAUUCACAACGCCUACGACCCUGAGAGUCAGACGGGCCUCCUCGCAGUGGGCCUCAUGAAUGCUAUCAGUAGCGGACUCCUUCUAUUCGCGGGGCUGGUGGAGCUCCUCGCUGAGGACUUUCUUAGCGAGGACAGCUAUAGAGUGCUCACGGGCAAGAAGAGGAUUCAAGCUUGUAUUUGUGUCGUUGGGGGCGCAGCUCUGAUGUCGCUCGUGGGUGCCUGGGCAUAGAUGGAUGGGCUUCUUACUUUCAGUAAGAGGAAAAUUGCUUCGCAUCUUUGGGCGUUCUGGCAAUGCUUUCGGUAUACGGAUUGUAAGAUACCAUUUUCUCUAUAUGUUUUGCAAGCGGGCGUUUGGAUAUGUCAUGGAAUUGCAUGGACAUGUUAUACGCCCGCACCAUAUAUGGAAUCACACUCGUCAACCC